AUGAACGUCAAAUGUGGCACCCUCUUCAAGAAAAGCUCGGGCAACGGGUUCUUCAAGCGCUACCAUUGGACACCUCGCCAUUGCAUUCUCACGACCACCUCACUCAGUUACUACACCCACCAAGGCGGAGCGUGGAAGGGCAGCAUUGACCUGACCGAGUGCACGUUGCAGUCGUUGGAAGAGAUGCCAGCAGAUUGUCCAAAGACUGGGCGAUCGGUGGCCACAGGGUGGCGGAUAGCCAUCCAAACGCCGACCAAACGGUACUUUAUUGCAGCGACUUGUGAACGAGACAUGCACGAGUGGCUCCAGGCGUUGAAAGUAGUGAUCAAGAUCAACGAAAUGCAGUGGAUGAAAACGCCCACCGCUGCCAAGCGCGUCGUUCAGCAGCGGACUACACAGUGUGGGGUCGUGCGUUGAGUUGCGCAUCAGCUAUUGAAGUAAUUUAUUCAAAAAGUUCACGUAAUAACGC